GUGGCGUUUUUUCUUGCAGGUGUUUCAAUUUUAAUUCUGCCCGGUAGGUGGGACUUGGUGACUUUAAGCACCAUCAUAUUUCUCCCCCACCCUCCUCUCUCUCUUCCUUUCCUCCUCUCCCUCCUCCUCCUCCUCCUCUCCUCGCUGCCGCUGCUGCUGCCUUCCCCCCUCUUCUGUUGCAAUCUUCACAAGUCUCUGGGAGAGCAGCGAGCGAGCGAGCUACGGUGGAUCAACAAGGCACCGAGAAACGCCAGCCGCACCGCGCACACACCAGCCAGCCAGCCAGCCAGCCGCGAUGCAGCGCUCACCGCUACAGGAGAGGGAAUAAGCCAGCCUCGCCGACCUGCCCAUCAUGAGUCUAUCGAUAGAAGGAUUUUUUCUCUACAUGCCUCCGAUCGCUUGAGGGUGGUUUAUUUUGUCUUCUUUUUUUUUUUGCUUCCUCCCCUGUCCUCGCCCCCCCUUUCCCUUAAAACCUCUCUCUCUCCCCCUCUCCUCCGUGUCCUCCCCUCUUUCCCCUCCCUUUCCACAACCUCCCCCCUCUUAUUUCUUUCUCUCUCCACCCCCCUCCCCCCUCUCUCUUUUGGAUCCCCAUCAGGCUUAAUUUUUUUAAAAAUUUUUUUAUUUUGUAUAUAUCAGUAAUUCUUCUGAAAUAAAGCCACAGCGAAUCGAAGAUGGAUGUCUUGUUUUGUCCGACCAAAUGUAGUUUUUGGAAGGUUUUCUGGCUCUGGAGCAUUUGGGGAGACUUCUUGGUUUCCGUCUUGGGUUGCCCUGCCAACUGCCUUUGCAAUAAGACCGAGAUCAAUUGCAAAAAGCCGGACGAUGGGAACCUCUUCCCCCUUUUGGAAGGGCAAGAUUCAGGCACGAGCAACGGGAAUACCAGCAUCAACAUCACGGACAUCUCUAGGAAUAUCACUUCGAUACACAUAGAAUUUUGGAAGAAUUUGCAGACACUGAACGCCGUAGAUAUGGAGCUGUACACAGGACUCCAGAGACUGACAAUCAUGGACUCUGGGCUCCGGAGCAUCCAGCCACGAGCAUUUGAUAAAAACCCCCACCUGCACUACAUAAACCUCUCUGGUAACCGGCUGACUACGCUGUCAUGGCUACUCUUCAAGACAUUGAGACUUACUGAGCUGAGGUUAGAGCGAAACAUGUUCAACUGCAGCUGCGACAUCCGCUGGAUCCAGCUGUGGCAGGAGAAAGGCGAAGCCAAUUUGCAGAACCAGAACUUGAACUGCAUGAAUACAGAAAACAAAAACAUAGCCGUGCACAAGAUGAAUGUCAAUCAGUGUGAUCUGCCUGAAAUCAGUGUCAGCCAUGUGAAUCUGACUGUGUGUGAGGGGGAAAAUGCUGUCAUCACCUGCAAUGGUUCUGGCUCACCCCUUCCUGAUGUCGACUGGAUGGUGGUAAAUCUACGCUCGAUCAACACUCAUCAGACAAACGCCAACUGGACCAAUGUCCAUUCCAUCAAUCUAACCCUGGUGAAUGUCACGAGUGAGGACAACGGGUUCCUGUUGACGUGUAUUGCCGAGAACGUGGUGGGGAUGUCUAAUGCAAGUGUGCUCCUCACUGUAUAUUAUCCUCCCCGGGUGAUCAGCUUAUUGGAGCCCAUCCGCCACAUGGAGCACUGCAUUGAGUUUUCGGUGCACGGGAACCCUCCGCCCCAAAUCCAUUGGCUCUACAAUGGCCAGAUUCUCAGGGAGACAGAGUUCAUCCGCAUGGAGUUCUUCCAGGAGGGGGAAGUGUCCGAUGGCUGCUUGCUCUUCAACCACCCGACGCACUACAACAAUGGCAACUACACCAUCGUCGCCACCAACUACCUGGGAAUGGCCAACCAGACAGUCAGAGGGCACUUCCUGGAGAAACCCUUUCCAAGCAUUUCAGAUGGCAUUGUCACAUUUGAGUACAGUCCCAGUCCUACUCCUCUUAUCACUGUGACACAUAAGCCAGAGGAAGACACGUUUGGGGUGUCCAUAGCUGUUGGGCUUGCGGCCUUUGCCUGUGUCCUCCUGGUGGUCCUCUUUAUUAUGAUCAACAAGUAUGGUCGGCGAUCAAAGUUUGGAAUGAAAGGUCCUGUGGCUGUGAUCAGCGGGGAAGAAGAUUCUGCCAGCCCCCUUCAUCACAUCAAUCAUGGCAUCACCACACCUUCGUCGUUGGACGCUGGCCCGGACACAGUGGUGAUUGGCAUGACCCGUAUCCCUGUCAUCGAGAACCCACAAUACUUCCGUCAAGGUCACAAUUGCCACAAGCCAGACACAUGUUUCAGAGAAAUUAUGUUGAAUCCAAUAACCCUUCCUGGACAUUCUAAUCCUCUUAACCAUCAUGGCAUUUAUGUUGAGGAUGUCAGUGUUUAUUUCAGCAAAGGACGUCAUGGCUUUUAAAAAACCACAAACAACGGUGCAAAGCAAAAACAAAGACAAAAACAUAUCAAAUCAAAAACCUCCCUGAAAGGUUUCAUUGUUCUGAUGUCAAGUUUGUUGACUGUGCCCUUUGAUCGCUGUGGGACACAGUGGGAGACUGCGGUCUGUAUAUGGAUCAAAGCCGCCGCCUUGUGGGACUGGACCUCAGUCUGCACCAUGCUGAAAAAGACCAAGGGGUUAUAUACAGUAUAUUAUUAUUUUUCUGUCACCAGAUCACAGGGUUAUUCUUCUCCUCUCUUGGUCACUGUGUUCUUUCCCUCUGUUGGUCACGGUGUUUCCUGCAAGGCACAACAAGAGCAAAGCAGAGCAACAAAACAAAAACAAAAAGUUUCUUUUUUUUAAGUAAAGAACCUUGAAGGCGUCAUCCCAGCAGUUGCACUUUGCUUAAAAAUAAUUUUAAAAAGAACAAAACCGACCAAUUGAAGUCCAGCAACUUUAGCUGUGGCCCUUCCCACCUGGAAUCCUUGUGACAUCACAACAUUCUGUUAAAGCCGCCUGCUAGAUCAGUCACUCAUGGUGGUGGCCAGGUCAUGGGAGAUGCCACCGUGGAAGAGAAGAUGGGGAGUACAGAAGAUGCUUUAACAGAGUGAAGACCCUUGGUAAGAACAAAGCCAGCCCCCCUCCAUCCCACUUCUGUCCCCACCCCACCCCUCCGUCCACCUAGCCCCAAGCUGUUACACAGAAACGAUGGGUUUUCUUGUGACGAUGGAGAAGUUCUGCUACCCUACCUGGAGGAAAAGAUACCAGUGGCUUUGGGUUUUGGUUUUGUUUUUUUUAAAAAAUACAAAUAUCCUAGGAGGAUCUUUCUGUUUGUGUGUGCGCGUGCGUUUUGUGUGUUAGAGCCUCUCUUCAGCUAUCUCAGUGUUCCAUUUUUUUGUACACCAGCCUCUUCCCUGCUGCUUGUAUAAUGGCUUUACCUGGGGGCGGGAGGUGUAGGGCAAGGCGGUGCUCUCCUGGACUUCACACCUGGAUGGAUGAGGAGUGGUGAUCCCAGUCAGUGAUAUGCCAAUAGGGCAGAGAAAGAGAAGCGUGGAAGGUCACGCAAGUGUAUUUCCAUCCCCAAUCUGCAAACCGACCGUCUCUUUUGCCUUCCUGAACACCUCCUUCCACCACCAUAACCUCCCAUUUCUUUUCCACCGAGUUAGAGAUGUAUUAUAAUUCUGUUGUGCACACCAAAUGGUUGGCUCAAGGCAUACAAACUAAGCAAAGGGGGAUCUGAGUCAAAAUUUCAUUGCUUAUUCUCUGACAUAAACACAACUAUUGAUUCUGGACUUGGAUCAAUAUUAAUAUCUAUACGUAGACACAUUCCUUUCUUCUUAUCAUUUUAACUGCAUCCCCAAAACUUAUCAUAAUGGUGGGAGUGGAAGGGUAACCAAUCCUUGAAUACCACCCUCAGGAGUUUAUUUUUAAUUUAAUUUUAAAAAAACAACUCUAUCUGGUAAGUAUGUGUUCUAUGAAAUGACCAAUAGUAGAUAGAGUUCUCUUCCCACCCCUUCAGAUUCUAGGUUGAACAUGCUUUGAAGAAAAUUUACUUAUGCAAAUCUGUUAAACACAGGCAGGCCUUCUGUUAAACAAUUUGCAGGAUUCUAGCAGGUGGUAGAGGGUCAUGAGGUCUCUUAACAGCCCAUGAGCGAUGGAGACAUCAAUUUUCUCAAAUGCUCUCUUCAUAUUAUGUAGUUUCCAAAAUUGCUCAUUCUGGUUGGUAACUUCAUAGGCAGGGGGGGGGGGGGAGAGAAUUUUGAAGCUUGAGGUACCAGAGCUGAGGACAUUCCACUAACGUUGCCCUUUCAUGCAUCUGCUGGGAUCUUCUCUUCAAAUUUCUCCUCAGGAUACUUCUCGAAAGCCAUGCAUCACUUUAUUCCAUCUUUUGCCAGUUUGCGCAGAUAGCCGAGUGAACUGGAGCCCAAAUAUAAAGCUAGCAGUUUUAAUGAAAUGACAGUGUAGACACACGCGUUUGCCUCCUUUUCAAGACUGGAGGAGUGGAUUUGGUUGGAAUUAAAUAAGAAACAAAGCAACCAAAAUGUUAACCAAAGCAUAAUUCUGAGAGGCUCUUUGUCAAAGCAGAGAAUGCUGGUAAACAAUGUGGGCCUAAUCUCCAGUUUGGGUUACAUUCACAGGACCAUUUGUCUUGCUUGUUGUUGUUUCUCAACCCAGAUCUGAGGCUAACUCAACGUGUCCUGGUGUCGGUAUUACAAAUUUUCAGGAACACCAUUACAUUUUUCCUCACUGUGAUCAACUUAAGGCAUGUCCACACUCCCAUUUGUCCUAUGAUUCCUAGUUACGAGUCUGAGAGGUUCUUCUUCUGUCCUACCACUUUCCUUCGGAAACCCCACCAGAGCAAACGUCGGUUUGGUUUUCUGUGAAUUGACGUUUGUCUCAGCUAGGUUUUCCCAGGGAAAGUGGCAGAACAAAAGAAAAGAAAACAAAGAACCUCUCAAACCUGUAACUCGAGAUCAUGGGACAAAUGGAAGUGUGGCUGAUCGUUGUUUCUCAUACUUCUGAGAUCUAUUGUACACUGAAUUAAAACUGGAAGCACACAUUCGUCUUUUACCAGAUAAGAAAUAUUUUUGUUGAAAGUGUGGAAAGGGAGCAGCUAAACACCUGCAGAGGAAACCACUCCUACUUUGUGUGGGUCACUGUUUGGAGUGGUAGGCUGAGAACAGUGACUCGCACAGGGAGCCAACAGGAAGUUAUGGCUGCUUUGUGUCUGCAUCAGCAGCAGUUGAUUUUUCCCAAUCACACCCAUAGCAGAAACUUGGCCAAAUUUGAACACCCCCAGCAGAAGCUUGAUUGCUCUGACCUUGCCUUCUCCCAAGGUGUGAUGCAGAGAGUCAACAGAUGUCCUACUCUAUGGGUGGAUCUGCUGAACUCACACUAGUCUUGAACGGUCGGGUUUAUUUCUUUUGACACAGUUCUCACCGCGUAGUUUUGGAAGGACUGACUUGAGCAGUGGAAAAGUCUCUGGUAGUUCCUUAAUGCUGAAAAGUGGGGCAGGGUGGGUAGGAGAUCCAGGCCUUGGGCACUUGCAAUUGGUGGCUUUACGUCGCAAGUUUUAAGGGAAAAGUUGUUCCUGAUUUUAAUUAUUGUAAAUCAUUACCUCAUUUCCCACCAACGAGACUCCUCCACCCCUGAUCAUUUCUCUUCUCUUAUACCAUGUCUGUCAUCUUGUGCUAUGAAAAUGGGAACAUCCCCUUUCACAGAGACUCUAGGGGUCUUUGAUGUCUAGUUUCUUAAUAAACACUUUAUUUUCUAAUUAAA